AUGCCCCCCAAAUCAGACCUUCUCGCUGAGCUCCGACAGCCACCAACGGCGCCCCUGCCACGACCACCAGAGCUUAUUCGAUCAUAUGCAACUCCCUAUACACCCUCGCCGCCACCACCAGAGUCACCAAUAGCGCCCUCAGCGACAAAGCCCGUCCUGAGGAAACGUCACUCAACCUACAUCAACAGGCCAGAACGCUCGACAUCGCCAAUCCCAGAGCUACCUCCACAUAGACCGCCACGAAAUCCCGCACGAACAAGUACCAUGAUCUCCGAAGCCGCCCCCGUGCGCCCACAGAAACCCAAGUCGAAAAGUAGACCGUCAACAGCGACGAGCACACGGGACGAAGUGACACCAUGGGAGUUCCAACCUGGACCCGAGUCCAGCAGUCGAAUGCGAUCGGCGGCUCCGUCGGUAAAGUCCAAGGCGUCGUCGACAGGAUUGGCGACAGGACCCAUCGAGGAUGUUGCGCCUUGGGAGCUUUACCCAGUCGGGACAGUCCCAGUUAGCCUACCGUCACCCAGGGCCAUCCCGUCGCCAAUCUUGACAGGUCAAUCACAUCCGGGCCCACCACCACCACCGAAAUCAUUCCACCCCAGCAAGGCAACGGGACUCGUCGAAGAUGUGACCCCUUGGGAACUUCAGCCAGAACCUCAGUCAGCUGCCAGCCCUACCAGUGCGAGGGGCGACACCCCUUCUCUACCGCCAGUUUUCAGCCCUUCCCGUUCACACCCCGCAUCGCUGCUUAGCGAACCGACUAGCGGUUCCUAUCGCUUGUCUACCGCGACAGGCCCCGCAGAGGAAGUCACUCCAUGGGAAUUGGAGGCCACCCCCGAAGACGUUGUCAAUGAAAAGGAUGCCGUGAAUGAACCUUCCUCCAGCACCAGUCAUCGCAACUCGUUGACAAUGACGAAAGCUCAAUUAGAAGAAGUAAUGCCCUGGGAGUUGUACCCAGCUCCCCCUCUUCCGGUCAUCAAUGGUGGAAGCACAACCCUGAAGAACGGUGUUCACUCGACACGGGUUUCAACUUCAUCCACAAAGACUCUGAGCGACUUUGCCCUUAUUCGACGACGGAAGAGCACGGGUAGCCGCCCCUCCAAAUCACGUUCCAACAGCCAUCCGACGCCCCCUAAAGUCCAGACACGGGCACCCUCGUCCCAGAGCCUUGUCAAUGGACCAGGAUAUGAAGUAGCGACACCCAAAACGGCAAAGUCAAUAUCAUCAACGGCGGCAGUGUCAUCAUCAGACGUCUACUGGCAUGGAAUAGGCACAGGAUCCCAAACACAAAGUCGGGAUGAAGGCGAAACGACGAGUUCUAAUACCAAAUUCUCAACGGCAGAUAGAACUAUUCUCGAAGAGCUGAAGCGCAAUCUCCACGCGCGAGAUGCUCAGUUCGUAAUGAAAGGUGUAGGGGUCCAUCUUGUAGAUGGAACCAUCAGCCCAGGAAAGAAACAUCACCCAUAUACUACGAAGGACGUGCCAUAUCCACGGAGUUACGAGCGCGAGGUCAUCGACCUAGAUGUCUGGGAAACACUAUUUUGUCAAGACAUCUGCGAAAGCUUAACGUGGCAUGUAUUCGAGGAACCUCCACUUAGGGUGCUUGACAUUGGAUGCGGGAGCGGAACUUGGAUUCUGAAUUGUGCCCGUCAGUGGAGGGAAACGCAAUUUGUUGGUUUGGACAUCGUACCCCUACAUCCUGACCUUCAGCGAGUUGGCUCCUCGGAUUUUGCUUCGAGAAUCACAUGGGUACAGGCGAAUUUUUUGGACGGUCUUCCCUUCCCCAAUGAUGAAUUCGACUUUGUCCAUAUCAAACGGAUAGCUCUUGGUGUACCAGAAGACAAGUGGGAUGCAUUAUUUGAUGAGAUCUCGCGUGUCAUGAAGCCUGGAGGUGCUCUAGAGAUGGUGGAGGAAGACCUGUUCUUUCCUGGAAAACCUGUGGAGCACGACGACGAUGAGACGGACAUGGGGUCAGCACUCUCACGGAGCAGUUCAAUUGCGUCUACAAACGGGCGACGAGAUCGUGAGGUUCCUGCCGUCAUUCAGGAAGCAGAUGGGUCGGAGGAGGGCUGGUUGCAACCCACCUCACCAAAUGCGGACAGUCUGUCCCUGGCGACCCCUACCCCGAUGUCGGCUUUCCCGCGACCUUCUUCACGCCCUGGCUCUCCAAAGCUUCAGAUCAUUACCAACCUAUCCAAGGAUGGUGUUCCUGAUGACAAGAACGAUAUCAGGAGCGAAGUUUCUACCACUCCUCCCGGUUCGCCGAAAGGUUACAUUACUCUUAUCCCGCCGCAUUCCCGCUCUACGGCACGACCAUUGCUCUAUGUGAAACCCCAAUCUGGCCCCUACAAUCACCAGUUCCCCAGCACGAGUCCACCGAAACCGUCAUCGACAUUUACCAACUCUGCUGUCUCCCUCCUCAAUUCUUUAACCAACCAUUCCCAUUCCGAUUCAGACAACCAAGCUAAUCUAUUGUUCCGUCGACGAAGAUCGUCCACGAACCUCGCUUCAUGUAAUAACUCGACAUACAGCGGUCAUGCGGGCCAUGGUCCUCACCAUACGCCUGACAGUCAGAUACCCGAAACUCCUAAAAUCCCGCCGUUCUUGCUGCGAACCCCGGCCAAAGCUCCGAAUAAUCCGCGAGACCACUCAUUACUGGAGUACAUUUACAAUGAAACCCUCUCAUCGAGGUUCAUUAAUACGUCUCCAAUCGCGCUACUGGCAACCUACCUCGAGUACCAUUUCAAAGACACAAGAACACACCCUCCGCUCAUGUUCACGUUCCCUCCUCGGCCCGUCAAACCAUCAGAAUCGGACGUGGAGGUUGAUGAAGGUUUCUCGUUCCCACCAAAGAAGCCUGGUCCAAUACGGUCGGUGUCAUCGCGCAAGUCGCUCAGCCCGUCAAAUCGCAGUGUGUUGACAGACGAGAACGGCGAGCUCACAGAAGAGAACCGGUGGCUGAACAUGCAAGGCUUGAUGACGGGCUCGUCGCCUUAUGUUUCCCUGGAUGGCGUGCGCUACGGUCUAUAUGCCCUUUCUCCGGCCCCGAAAGCAACCUUCACGACUCAGAAAGGGAUACCACCCAGUCUGGCGAACAUGGAGCCAAGGAUACCCAACAAGACCCUCAACAUCGAUCUGAGGACUUUGAACCUCCAUCUCAUGCUGCGAGCCAAAGAGAUCCUGGCCUGUUCUGAAACAAUGUGGGAGUGGGUGCGGGAGACUCAGUUGAGUGUUCACGAGAACCCAUCCGUCAAGAGGGCGAAUGGACGAGCUCAUUCGAUGGAUGUUCCUCACGCGUACCGUCAUGGAGCCUCGGAUCACCGUGCAACCGUGUUGGAGAUGUCGAGGGAAGAUUUCAACCAAUUGUUGCUGAACUUUGAAAUGGACAUGGAGGAUCAAGCGUCAAUCAAUCAUGCAUUACGAGAACGCCUCCAGUGGUCCGUCAUUGAAUCCGCCCCAUCCCAGAAUCGCAAAAUCUUCAAUACUGCUUGCGAAAAAUACGAAAAAUGGUUCCGGAAAGAGGCUUCCAUCACCUCGUUAAUGAGGCCUGUGCCUCCGUUCAGCAAUCCGACUGCACCGGAGGCUUCCAGCUCCGACUUGCUCAAGUCGACGCGUAAACGCAGCAACUCUCAGACAUUGCUUAAUCGUAACGGUGGGCCACCGUCUGCCACCAGUGUAUCGCCACUUUCGCUCAGGCUCGAACCAUCGGUACACUUUGCGAAACCAUCUAUCCGCCCUGAACUCCACCCCACUCAGAAGCUCAGUCGGUCUAUGUCCGUUUUCGUGGCCUGGAAACCAGAAGCCAAAGGCAAAUCGUGA